AGUGUUGUAUUUAUUCGAAUGCCGGAGCGGCUGUGUGUGCAUGGAAGGGAAGCAAACACUCAGCAAAGAUGGAAUACUCUAAAUCAAUCGCUCAUAUUGCGAUUUUGUUCUUUCUCUUUGGGACCCUAAAAGCAUCUGAACCAAGGUGUUUGUCACGUUUUGACUACGACGAGAAAAUGCUUUUAAAGAUACUGAGAUUUGAAGACGUCCUUGAGAAGUUUGACAAGAAGAUUACCGACCUUAUAGAUACGUUGGACGUUAACGAACGAAAGAGGAACAGCAAAGCAAUGGAGGUAGUUGAUGAAGCAAAACUAAAGAUAAAUCAGGUUAUUGAAGAAAUAAAACAAAACACUUCGUUUGCGCUAAUUAACGACUCAACUUAUCUUCAAACGCAGUUGCGAGAAGUAGAAACUCUAAAGACUAAGAUUACAGAAGAACUUAACAAUCAACGGAGCACCAUUGGGUUGAACAGAAAAGACAAUGCUGCUACAGCCUUCACAGCCUAUGGUCCUGUAGAUUCCCCUUUUCGAUUUAGCACCGUCGUCACCAACAUUGGUGGUCACUAUAAUCAGUCUACAGGACUGUUCACUUGCACUGUUCCUGGACUGUACUAUUUCACUUUCCAUUUGGUGAAGAAGCGAUCGAAUUCAGCAGAUGCGUGUGGAUGUAGCCUCGGCAAAAACAUUCAGUCUGUUGGAAUAAAGGCGUUUAUAGACCCCCAAGAUAAUUCAGGGGGUACAGUGGGUGCAGACGCUGGUAGCUACGGCGUGAGCAACGGGGCUUACCUUCACCUUAUCACAGGUGACACUGUCCAAUUGGUCGACUGUUCAACGUCAGACAAGUUUGAGAGCUGGUCCUCGUUCAGCGGGGUUCUUAUCAAGGCCGAUUAGCUUGUUGCCUUUGACAGUUAUUGAUGUCUUGUACGAAUCGUAGAUUACUACGGAUAAAUCAUACACAAUUCGUAUCAUGGCAUAGAUACUAAACUCACUGAGCCGCAGAUUGUGUGUGAAAAGACGCGAUGUAAUGACUUCUUAAACGUGUUGUGCAUUUUCAAACGGAUAUUCUGAACAUUUACCAGCCACAAGUCGUGUUUUGGAAAAUAUCAAAUCACAGACCUUUUGAUUGUUUGUGCUAAGUAGCAAUAUAUAUUGACUUCUAUAACGUGUUGUUCAUUUUCAAAUCGUUUUUUUUUGUAUUAUAAAAACAUGAACUGGCCAAAACUAGAUUGUUAGUCAGUAAAUUAUCUCAAUGAUAUAUAAUUGUUGUACCACUGAAAAAUAUGCAUAUCAGUUUUAUAAUACAUAUGAACUCGAUUGCAGAGUACCUUUGAUCAGCAGAUGCGUGAUUUGUGUUCUACUUCUAUUUCUAGAAUAAGAAAUCUAAUCUAAAAAGAGACAAACUGACUAAGUAACAUUUAAUAUCACACCAUGUUUUUGGAUGAUCAUUAUUACUUAAAUACACAGUUCAUGAAUCUAAACAAGUGUUUGUCUUGAAACUUCAUU